AUGCCUUCGAUAAAACUCCAUCCCUCCUCAGGCUCAUCAAGAGCAAAAGCACCAAACUCCCAAACCCUCCCAAACCCCCUCCCAUCGCUCCUCCAAACCCCAACAGGCCUGGCCAUCCUCGAACUCCAAGGCACAAUCAAUGUCCCCACCUCAAACGAAGAUGAAAUGACCGACAGCCCCAAUCCCAAUGCCCCGAACCCAGCAUCAACUUUCGAAACCCCAAUUGGAAAACUCAUGUUCCCGGACUACUCCGUGCACAACCCGGAUGACACGAAAUGGAUGAAGCGCGCGUAUCUCUAUGUUGGCCGGUACCAGCGUAUGACUGGUGAAGUGAAGAAAUUGCCCCGUCCUAUUGCUGUUUUGCAGAGACAUCAGGGCGAGGGGGGUGGGGAGGAAUUGGAGGUUGUUGAGAUUGUGCGGUAUAAGAUUUUCUUCAAGAGCCGACCUGAGCCUGUUAAUGAUGUUUGA